CCUUGUCGCUGUUGGAGUCAUGGGUAAGAAGCAGGAGAAGAAAACGGCCAAGGGUCGUCUGGACAAGUUCUACCACUUGGCCAAGCAGCAGGGCUUUCGAUCCCGUGCUGCAUUCAAGCUGGUCCAGCUCAACAAGAAGUAUGCGUUCCUCGAAAAGUCCCGAUGCUGCAUCGAUCUCUGUGCUGCGCCUGGUGGUUGGCUCCAGGUGGCGAGCAAACAGAUGCCUCCGGGGAGUCUGAUUGUCGGUGUCGAUCUCGUGCCAAUCAAGCCUAUCCCGCGUUGCAUCACCUUCGCUGAGGAUAUCAACUCAUACAAGUGCCGUGACCAGCUGCGCACGGAGCUCAAGGACUGGAAGGCUGACGUAGUUCUGCACGACGGUGCGCCCAACGUCGGUACCGCGUGGGUGCAGGACGCCUACGCGCAGUCCGAGCUCGUACUGCAAUCGCUCAAGCUCGCCGUCGAGUUCCUUGCACCUGGCGGAAAUUUUGUGACAAAGGUGUUCCGAAGUAAAGACUACAACAAUCUCAUCUGGGUCUUCAAUCAACUCUUCCGGAGAGUCGAGGCGACCAAGCCGCCAUCGUCGCGAAACGUCUCUGCAGAAAUCUUCGUCGUCUGCCAGGAGUUCAAGGCGCCCAAGCGCAUCGAUCCCAAGUUUUUGGACCCCCGCUAUGUCUUCAAGGAUCUCGAUCCGACAGCCGCGAACAAGUCGACUGACGACAAGACGCAGAAGCCCGUGUAUGCCGCCAAUGCCGUCGCCAACGUCUUUGAGCCCGAAAAGAAGCGGAGGAAGCGCGAGGGUUACGCCGAGGGCGAGAUGCUGCUGUACAAGGCCAUCAGCGCCAAGGACUUCAUCGAGGGCGACAACCCCGUCGAGAUGCUGGGCACAUUCAACGAGAUCCGCUUCCGUGAUCAGGAGGACAAACGGUUCCUCGAGCACGAGCUGACGGAUGAGAACCUCAAGGCGUGCUGCGCCGAUCUCAAGGUACUGGGAAAGAAGGACUUCCGGAACCUGAUCAAGUGGCGAAAGACGCUGCGUGAGGAAAUGGGCCUGGAGCUGUCUGCCAAGGACCAGCAUCCGUCCGACGACCGCGAUGGAGAGGAGGUGGCCGAGGUGCAGGAGAUGGACGAGGACGAGAUGAUCGACUCGGAGCUGGCGCGCCUCAAGGAGGAGAAGGACCGGCGGGCGAGAAAGGAGCGGAGGAGGAAGAAUGAGGCAACGGCGAGAAAGGUGCAGAAGAUGCAGCUGUCGAUGACGACGCCCAUGGAUAUUGGCAUGGAGAUUGAGGAUGAGGCGUUGCACGGCGGCGACGACUUCUUCGACCUGAAGCACGGGGGUGCCAAGGGCGAGGUCGCGCGAGGCGAAGAGCCAGAGUACGAGGACAGCGAUGAUGAGAGUAAGAAGGCAGGCGAGGGGGAGGAAGAUGACGAUGGCGAGGACGAGAAGGAGCGCAGAUUGCGGGAGCUCGAGGGCGAGAUGGACGGCAUGUACGAGGAGUACCGGCAGCGCAAGGCCGAAGAGGAUGCCAAGUUCCGCAUCAAGGAGGCGAGAAGAAAGGACGAGAACAGGGACGAAUGGUACGGCUUUGAGAAGAAGGGCGACGAUAUGAGCGAGAGUGAAGGCAGCGAGAGCGAGGGUGGAUAUGACAUCGUGCAGAAGAGAAAGGAGGCAGAAGAGACAUACGAUACGGACGAUGAAGAGGACGAGGAGGAUGAGCGUGCCGAGGCUGCCGAGCGGGGUCUGGUCAGAGGGACCAAGAGAAAGGCACAGAGGGAGCUGGAUGAGGACGAGGAGGAAGAAGUCGAGCAAGACGAGAACCUUGUCAACGAUCUCGAGAGCAAGGAUGACAAGCAGGCGCGGCAGAGCAGGGAAGCAGCCAUUUGGUUCGACAACCCGCUCUUCAAGGGUCUCGAGGGGCUUGAGGCAAACGAUGAUGACGACGAUGAAGACAGUGACGAGGAGGAGGAGGAUGAGGAAGAUGAAGACGACGACGAUGAUGAUGAUGAUGACGAGGAAGAAGAGGAGGAAAGCGAUGUCUCAACGACGAUCUCCGCCGAAGCCUCGGACAACUCGGACGAUGACGGCGCACCCUGGCGCUUCGAGGACGACGACGAAGACGUGGCCAAGCAGCGCCAGAUCCAGGAGAAGGGCCUCACGACGGCCGAGGCCAUCACGCUGGCAUCGUCGCUGGUGAACCGCGAAAAGACCAAGGAGGACCUGAUCGACAUGGGUUUCACCAAGUCGAACUUUUCCUACGAUAAGGAGGGUCUGCCCAAAUGGUUCCUCGACGACGAGAGCCAGUUCUACAAGGCCAAUGUACCCAUCACAAAGGAGGCCGUCGCAGCGCUGCGCGCCAAGAUGCGCGCCUUGGAUGCACGACCGAUCAAGAAGGUGGCCGAGGCCAAGGCGCGGAAGAAGUACAAGGCGGCGCAGCGGCUGGAAAAGGCGCGCAAGAAGGCAGAGGGCGUCAGCGAGAAUGUCGACAUCUCGGAGCGGGAAAAGGCCAAGGACAUUGAUCGGCUGCUCCGGCGCGCGGGCAAGGCACCCAAGAAGCGCGAGGUCCAGGUCGUCGUGGCCAAGGGCAAGAACCGCGGGCUCAAGGGCCGGCCAAAGGGCACCAAGGGCCGCUACCGCAUGGUCGAUCCCCGCCAGAAGAAGGAGCUGCGGGCGAUGAAGAGAAAGGACAAGCGCGAGGGAAAGAAGACGACGUCGUCGACGAGCAAGCAGCGUAGGGUCCCCAAUGGCUACGGCGGCCGGUAGCAACAGUCUGUUAGAGCAUGCAGUGUAGAUAAUGAGAGCGAUAACAAGCAC